CAUCUGUCCUCACCCGCACUCACUCACGGGAAGCCACACGCUCGCAUCGCACCCUCACCGCGCUCUCCUCUCGUCGCUGCUAGCUCGCGCGCGUCGCCGUCCAGCUUGUGUCGCCGCCGCGCCCGCCUCGCCGUACAGCUCGCGUCGCCGCCACGCUCUCCUCGCCUCGCGGCACCACCUUCCUAGCCUCACCACGUUCCCCUCUACUUCCCACCCCCCUUCAACAAAAAGUUUGACCUUUUGGUCCAGGCCGGCGACGAAUCGCCGAAUCCGGCGUCGGCGAGGCCUGAUCCGGUGGCUACAAGGCUGGAUGCGCCAGAUCCGGUGGUCGCGAGGCUUAUUGAACGAGGUGCGGAUCCGGUGGAUUCGUUCCAGAAACACGGCAUGUCGGGCGUUGCCGGCUUCUUCGACAAGGUGCGCGUUGGUAUGGCCAAGAUCCCGGCGGACGCGCUGCUGCCUCGCGAGAUCGUCGCCGCGAACGUCAAGGGCGAGCACGAAGAGUCCACGGAGCUCCAGUGAUGGCACAAAGUUUCAACCCUGGCAUCCGAGGGCCACCUCAUCAACCGCAUCCACAUGUGCGUCCCGCGCCGUGGCUCCAUCCCUGGAGGAUAGUCUUCCUCUUGGCUACGCUGAGAAUUCCAUGCGAUGUUGCAGCGAGGUGAGGGCACGUUGCACGCACGGCGCUGCUGAACCCGUCAUCAGCGAGCUAGAACCAGACGCCAUGGCUCUCCUGGAGGCUUCUCUGAUGGAAGCCAAUAGGGAGAGGGAGAAGAGGAUCCUGAAAGGGACCAAGAAUUCGUUGUCGUCGCCGACACGUUCAGAUGACAGCACCACCAUCUUGGAGCAGUCUGGGUACCUGAUCCGGAGGAGGAUGAAGAUCCGGAGGCGAAGGAGGAAGAAGAUGAUCCAGAGGUGGAAGAAGAUGAUCCAGAGGCGGAGGACGAAGAUCCGGAGGCGGAGGACGAAGAUCCGGAGGCGGAGGACGAAGAACUUGAUGCCUCCAUCAUUGACGGAGGAGUUGGCUGGACGAGGCGCUGGUGUGGACGAGCUUGCGUGGAGGAGGAGCUGGCCGGAGGCGCGGAGGCAAUCUUGGCCGGAGGUGCUGCGGUGAAGUACUCCGGAGGAACUGACCGAAGGAACUGGCUGGAGGAGUAGGAGCUGGCCGGAGGAGGGAGGAGGAAGCGUGGAGGAGCUCGUGAUCUGGCAGUAUGAGCUGCUGGCGUGGAGGAGCGAGCGAGCUGGGAUCCAGAGCUGGCUCCUCCUCCAGCCAUGGCGUGAGCUGGGGCAGAUCGGCCAGGACGUGAGCCGGAGACACACCAUCACAGGCGCAACAUCCCGGACGUGAGCUGGAGAAUGACUGCGGAGGGCGGCCUACGCGAUCGGGAGAGGAGGCGAGCUGGGCGGCUUGAGCGAUCGCUUGCUGUUUUGAAUUUUGAAUUUAGAUCGGGGGUGGAGGCGAGCUGAGCGAUCCGGGGAGGAGGCGAGCUGAGCGAUCGCUUGCUGGCGUUGUGUUUCUUUUUAAUAUUCUAGAAGGGGUUAAUUGUAAAACGUGAUUAGAAUAUGACUUCCGACUCUUUUUU